AUGAAAGGUGUAAUAUUCUUCUUUGUUCUUACUGCUACGUUCGGCAGUGUUCGCAGUCAACAGGCAUGUAUGAAUGGUAAUUGGGCGCAAUGUGCUGCGGAAGCCGUAACACAAUUCCGUCAACUUUAUUCAUCGUACAAUACUUGGCACGAUAACGAGCAAGUACCAAUGUUCGGCACAACAUGCUAUUCAGCGAGCAAAGCAGGUUUCUAUCGUUGGAAUUGGCGUUGGCAAGGACGAUUCUGGUGUCCCACUCUAUCAGGCCUUGAAGGAUAUUCGAACAAUUGGGAGAGCCAAAAAGGUGCCAUUGAGCAUGCGGUUGAGGAUUACGUACGAAAAGGCGCACAACAUGGCUUUCUGCCGCCUAAGCGAUUGUUGGAUCCGCUUGAUGGUCCAGGACACCGUGAGCUCUCUGCAGAACCCGUUCAAAAGAUUACAAGAUUUCGAAAUGCUGAGACUGGCUACAGACUAGAUUCCAAUGGCUACGGGGAGGCAUAUGUGCUUGAAAGCAAUGGUGGUGACUAUCAAGUCUGGCAUAUAAUAAAUGCUGAUGAUAAUAGUGUUUAUAUAAGGAAUAAGAAAACCGAUUUAUUUUUAGACAGUAAUUGGGAAGGGAAGGUUUACACAUUACCUGCAAAUAAAGGUGCAUAUCAAAGAUGGAGAUUCGAUGGCCUUCGUAUUAUUAAUAUUGCAACUGGUCGAGCUUUAGAUUCAAGUUACAAUAAAAAACUUUAUACGUUAAAUCCAAACGGAGGCAAUUACCAGAACUGGAUUCAGGAAUAG